ACAAAAACAAAAAAACCAAAAAAAAAAGAAAAAAAGAAAAGAAAAGAAAAGGAAAAAAAAAACCAAUUUUGGAAGUUUCUCCUUUGUUAGCAUCCAAUCAAUCUAAAGAGAAGAAGAAGAGAAAAGAGCGAGUUUUCCUUUUCCCCAUCUGGGGGAAAUGAUCACGCGCUCCACUCUCGUCGAGCAGCUCCGAGACUACCAGAUCCGAUCUCAAAACAAGCGGGAUGUUAUUGGACUUCUUGCUUGGGGAGUAGUAUUUUGUUCUCUCGUGAUAGCUUCCUAUGUGAUACUCUAUUUUAGAUAUCAUAGGCUUUCAGCAGCUAUCGUUUUGGUUGGAAUCCUUAUUCCCAUAUGUGUGUUUAUUAGACAGAGAAAACUUGCAAGAAAAAGAGAGAGAAGAUUGUUAUUGCCUUUGUCGAUGUGAACAACACAAGGAACUUUAAUGGGUAACAGUGGAGUCAGUCAUUGUUAGAUUGCAGAAUAUUUAGACUGCCAAGAAGAAAGGUCUGACUCAGUGGCACUCAAUUCUACGUUCUCUUCGUUUGCAGAGUUCAGUGGUGGAAGACUGGGUGGUUUCAGAGAAUCUGCUGCUGAGCAUAAUCUGUGAAGAGGAUCCAAAUCCUUGUACGCGAGAGCUACAGAGUGUUCUUUCUUUCUUUCUCUCUUGUUUUGGUGAACGCGAGAGUGCAUGAAAUACAUGUUUGUAUGACGGAAUAGUCUUACUUUCUUUCUUCUGUAUAAUACUUUUUUUUGGGUUUUCAGUUUAUAAUGGGAUUAGACAUUCGUCCAAAUAUACCAUUAAUGUGAAAAAUCAAAUGCCAGUUUUAUUUGUUGAAAA